UAGACGCAAAUCUGUAAAAAUAAAAAAAAAUAAAUACAAAAAAAAUUUACAUAAAAUAUUCAAAUUUUGUAAAAUUAAAAAAAAAAUAUUUUACAAAAAAAAAUAAAUAAAUUUAAAUUUCAAAAUAAGAAAAAAAAAUAUUUAAAAAAAUUAAAUAAAACCAGCAAAUUGCAAUAAUCAUAAAUCAUGUCCCUUCAAAUGGAAUUUGACCUCAAUGAGGCACUAAAACGUGAAGAAGUCGAACAAGACGUCUUAGAUAAACUCCGGAAAUCGGAUAUCCCAUCAAUGCCGGAUUCUAUUACAGAUCAACUUUUACUUCUUUUUUACUGCGCUUGUGAGAAAGAUUUUGAAGUAACGAAGCAGGUCAUCAAGAAUUAUUACGAACACAAACCGAACGCCUUGGAGCACUUUUCAAAGAGAGAUCCUGACUCGGCGAAAAUUAAGCAAUGCCUGCAAAAUCAGAUGUACUUUUAUUUGCCGGUCACACCGAACGGAUAUGCAGUUCUUUACCACAAAUUGUCCAAUUCAAAAGCCGGCAAUUAUAUGUUUGAUGAGGCAAUUAAAACCUAUCUAAUGGCCAUCGACAGCUGUUUGUAUACCCAAGGUCCCCGAAAAGGCAUCAUUUUUUUGUUUGACAUGAAAAAUGUGACGCUGGCUCAUUUGACCAGAAUCAGCAUUCGAGGAAUCCGAAAAUUCUUCUUUUAUGUUCAAGAGUGCUUACCUGCGAAAUUGGAAGAAAUUCACAUCAUCAACACGGUUGGAUUUAUUGACAAAGUUCUUUCGCUGAUCAAGCCCUUCCUGAAAGCAGAUAUUUUAAAGAAGCUUUAUAUGCACUCCGCUACGGAAGACUACCAUACACUGUUAAAAGAUAAAAUUCCGUUAUCUUGUCUCCCAUCAGAUUUUGGCGGUGAAUUAGACUCGUGCGAGAAAAUGCAUGAAAAGCAUUGCAAAGAGCUACUUCAAAUGCGAGACUUUUUCCUGAAUGAGGAGAAACAAUGGAAUCCUAGUGCUAGUAACAACAACAACAAUAAUGUGAUAGAAGCGGCUGAAAAUUUUAGUAAAUUGGAUAUUGAUUAGGAGUAAAAAAAAAAAACAAAAAAAGAGUGAUUAAUAUUAAAUGUAUUUAAUUGAAAUUCAUAAAUUUUGUACUUAAAGAGGAUUUUUUUGUAAUAAAAAUGAAUUAAAU